CAUUCAAUUAAUUUCUAGAGCCGUGAUCAAGAAGGAAUCAUAAAUUCAACAUGAAAUUGCUGACAAUUCACAGUAAAAGUGUUAAUAUAUCGUACAAACAUUCUCUAUGCUCCUUCGCGACAUUAUUCGUUGCAAUCACGACACUCUCGGCCCUCUUAAUCCCCUUCUACAUCGUCAUCUUCGCAAACGCUGAUCUGUGGCAUCACACAGUGACCAUUUAUGAGCAGCCGAACAUCACAUUCACCUACAAGUACAAUUUCGUUGCGAUACGCGAGAAUGAAGACAUCGUGGCCUGUUCUUCGCUGCCCUACGUCAGCAAUUUGCUGCAGGAUGUGCAGAAGUGCGCCAAGAUUGAGUUUGUCGAGAAUGAUUUCAACAAUGACGGAUUGAUUGACGACAUGCAAAUAUCCUUUCACGCGGACAUUUCGAGGGAAAAUCCCAUCAAAGAAGUAAUCGUGCAGGUGUAUUUCGACGGAAUAAUCCGCGCUGAUUGCCAUCUAGGCAUCCCAACAGCUUUUCUGCUGCAGGAGAACGUGAAAAUCCUGCCAAACACUCAAGUUCUCUAUCACAGUCGCGUGAACUUGCAUCAAAAGUCGUCCUUCUACUGCCCUUUCUUCAUUCGCAACAUUCAGUCACGCUUCAACCCUCUCAAUCUAAAUGCCACGGACUUUGAAGAGUACAGAACCGUGAAGGUUUAUGAGAAAUUAAAAAUGAAUCCUGCCUACAUUGGCUUCACCACGCCUGAGACAUUCACCGAGACGAGCGAUGAAAAUUACGCUGCUGUGAAAAUUCACCUGGAAAUCGGAGAGAUUUCCGCUCGCUACCACACAUCCGUGUGGCGAAAAGUUCGCGAAUUGUGGAUUCAGUACUUCAGCCUGGCAGUGCUCUUCGUCCUGCUGGUGCAGAAGGUCAAGGAUUACGCCUUCAGUCGCUUCAUCGUGCGCGCUUGGGAGUCAAUUCCGUGGAAGAAGGCUUACUAG